AUGCGGCCAGCGUACGAUGGUCAUAUUCCACUGAACUGGUUUGAAAAUGCACUCCUUGCCGUAGGUUCUGCCGUGGUAUCACUUACCAAUCCGCGUCGAGGAGACAUGAUCGCAGCACUUGGAGAGACCACAGCCGGUCCGAGCCUCCCACGUUUGAGAGAUCGCAUGCUGGAGAGCGUGGAAGGGCGAAGGGUGCUCAAGGACAGGCCACGCGUCAACUCCAACACGGUCGACAUGGAUAAGCUGGCCCAAUACCCAGAGGGUUCUUUCGGAAAGGCGUACGUAACCUGGCUCGAACGUUAUGGGGUGACGCCAGAUACGCGCGAGCCGGUUCAUUACAUUGACGAUCCCGAGCUAGCGUACGUGAUGCAGCGUUAUCGCGAGUGCCACGAUUUCUACCACUGCAUCUGCAACAUGCCCGUGAGCGUCGAGUACGAGCUGGCGCUCAAGUACUUGGAGUUUGCGAACCUGGGCCUGCCGAUGACCGCCAUCGCUGCUGUGUUCGGGCCGCUUCGUCUCACGCCAGAGAAGCGCGCGAGGCUGUUCUCUGAAUACGUGCCAUGGGCAUUGAAAUGCGGCGGCUCGGCCAGAAGCCUGAUCACAGUCUACUGGGAAGAACGAUGGGGCGAAAACGUCGAAGACAUGAAGAAAGAAUUUGGCAUUUGGGACCCUCCGGAACCGAAAUGGAGGAAGCCUCUCAGCGAGGCGAAAGCUUUGACUGAAAAAAGACGGCAGGCUGGAGCACCAGCCACCUAG